GGCUCGUCGCGCUGCGGGAAGUGCGGGGAGUCCUUCCAGGGCGUGGAGAAGCUGGUGUUCCACAUGCGGGCGCAGCACUUCGUGUUCAUGUGCCCGCGCUGCGGGAAGCAGUUCAACCACAGCAGCAACCUCAACCGGCACAUGAACGUGCACCGCGGCGUCAAGUCCCACGGCUGCGGCGUCUGCGGCAAGAGCUUCACCCAGAAGUCCACCCUGCACGACCACCUGAACCUGCACAGCGGGGCCCGGCCCUACCGCUGCUCCUACUGCGACGUGCGCUUCGCCCACAAACCCGCCAUCCGCCGCCACCUCAAGGAGCAGCACGGCAAGACCACGGCCCAGAACGUCCUCGAGGCCGUGGCCGCCGAGGGGGGGGUCCUGCUGCGCUGACCCCCCCCGGGGGGGGCCCGGGAAGGGGCCGGGGGGGGAGCGACGGGGAAAGGAAGGAGCCUCCUCCCCCCCGGCCCCCGCGCCGCGCAGAGCCGGGCCCCUCCCUGAGGGGGGGGGGAUGGGAACGGGACCGACCCACCCCCCCCGGGACUGCUGGGUCCUUCCCCGGGGCAGGGGGGACCCCCCCGAAGGGGUGGGGAGGGACCCUCGGGUGGCUGGGUUCAUUUUGGGACCCCCAGAGGGGUGAGGAGUGAACCCCAAAGUGAUGGGGAGCGACCCCUGGACAUUGGAGUGAAAGGGGGACCCCAAAAGUGAUGGGGGCGACCCCUGGACACCUGGAGCGAAUGGGGGACCCCCAAAGUGAUGAGGAGCGAACCCCAAAGUGAUGGGGAGCGACCCCUGGACAUAUGAAGGGGGGACCCCCAAAGGGGUGAGGAGCGACCCCUGGACAUUGGAGUGAAAGGGGGACCCCCAAGUGAUGGGGGGACCCCAAAAGUGAU